AUGGAAAUAAGUGGUCGGGGGCGCAUUCAGUGGCUACUUGGUUUCAUCAUUGGAAGAGUCUAUCGUGGAGCCGAGAACGCAGGCGGCGAUACAUUUAUCAUCCACAUUGCCCUCGGGAAGCCGAGAGACUUGAUGGGAUCCAGAAUUGAAAGCCUUCUCCGAGGCAUCAUCGCCCGGCUUGUCGAUUGA